AUGACUAGCCCAAGAAGAAAAAAAAAAAAAAAAGAAGAAAUCCUCUUUGAAUACAUACGGCACAGCAACUCCAAAGCCAUUCAGCUGUUGAACUGCAUAUGGCUGUACUGCUUUUAUAAAAACAUAAAAACGUUAGGAAAAGACGUUCGAGAGCUACAAAAUGGAAAGGGCAACGGGCCCCUGCUAGUAAAGUACCUCCUUACCCUUCGCAUAAACAUCAACGAUGCGUAUGACUACUUCCAGGCCCUCUUAUCAACCGCACUGAAAAUAUAUGAAGAGAAAAAAGACGAGUAUAUUUUACACUUGAGCAAGGUGGAGGGUAGGCGAAACGAUUACUUUGGACAGGCGCCCCUGAGUGAUGUGCACAGCGGAGAUGCGCAUCUGAGGGACCUUUCGUUUGGGGAGGACUCCCACGUGAACAACGCCAUCGACAUUUUCUACGCCAGGCACAGCGCCCGAGGUGGUGAGCAAAGUGGCGACCAAAGUGAUGGUCAAAGUGAUGGCCAAAGUGGCGACCAAAGUGAUGGCCAGCGUGGUGACCGAGGCACUUCCCCACGUGGCGAGGGGGAGACUCUGCACGGCCGCCUAGAAAUCGCCCGAAUCUGCGUCAGCAACCUUUUCAAAAUCCUGGGCGACCUGCACAGAUAUAAGUGCUACUUCUUCGAGGAGAACAAAAAGAAAAAUGAAAAGAAGGCGUGCUUGAAUUAUUACAAGGCACUGGGUUACUACAGGUACAGCGGGCACCUGUUCAAUCAGCUGACCCUGCUGUACACGGGGGGCAACCCAAUAAAGUGCCUGUUUUUCUACUUCCUUUCGUUGAUAGCGGUGAAGCCUGCUCCGAACAGGGACGCCGUGGUCAUGUUCAUGGAGAGCGUCCUCAGCGGGGGGCGGGGCCUGGCCAGUCGGCUGGCGCGCCUGCGCGGGGGCUCACCGGGGAGGAACAGAAUCGGCGGAAGAGAUGGAAGCGGCGGAAGUGGAGGAAGCGGCAGACAGGGCAGAUGCGACAGCGCGACGAGCACGCCCUGCCGCGGCGAAACGUCCUGCAAACUGGGGAGAGGCAUCUUUUACAUCAAAACCAAGGAGAGGCACUUUCUGCCCUCCAUGAAAGGCAGCGAAGACGGAGCAAAGGAGGCUACUCACCACCAAAGGGGCAGCCACCACGACAGAAUGAACCCCCGAGUUGCAAAAAAACACACAGAGGUAAAGAAGGAAGGAAGUACCAACAGCGGAGAAAGAACCAGCAAGGAAAACCCAGCCGAGAAAGAUUUGAACGAAGCCAUUUUUAAUUUCUACAUGAGCUAUUUCAAAAUUGUGAAGCUGUUGUUUUCCAAAAUUAAUAUGAACAAAUUUGAAAAAAAAAAAAAUAAAUUUAUUUACUACACAAAUAGGUAUAUAAAGCUGCAGUACUACAGUCGGAGGGAAGACACCCUCAUGCUCAAGAAUAUCAUCUUCAUCAUUUUUACGCUCCUAAGUUUGGUCAUUCACAUUGUAGCGAAUCAGCACGAGAAGGGGUUAAAGAAGCAGGGGCUAGCGGAGCAGGGGCUAGCGGAGCAGGGGCUAGCGGAGCAGGGGCUAGCGGAGCAGGGGCUAGCGGAGCAGGGGCUAACGAAGCAGGGGCUAGCGAAGCAGGGGCAUACGAAGCAGGGGCAUACGAAGCAGGGACACACGAACCAGGGGGGGUUCUUCUUCUAUGGGGGUGUAAACGUCUCUAAAUAUGUGUACAAACACGAGCAGAUUUAUUUUUCUUUCCUUUUGAUUCACGAGCUGCUCCUCUCAUGCGAAGAAUUCUACACCAAUUUCUUCCCCAGCUACUUGUCCGUCUUUAUAUACACUCUUUACUGGUUUCGGAAUGAGCCCAGUGUGUGGGAGGUGCACGUGGGUACUUGCACUGAGGAGGACAACCGGGAGAGGGACCACCUCGUGAAGCAGUACCAUGAGGACUACCGGGGGAAGAGCGUCUACGGGAGGAGGCCCGCCCGCUGUGAGAGGGCCACUCUGCACCCGUCCGCCGCGAGGAGACCUCCCUGGGGGAGAAGCACAGGUGAACCGCAUUCAGCGAAGCGGGGCAGUUACAGCCAAGCAGUGGAGGACCCCUGUGAUGACCCCCAAUUAGCUCAAAACAAAGACAUAAUACAAAGCAUCAAAGAUUUACUCAUCGGCAUAAAGGUGAGGGAGGAGGUGCCCCUGAAUGAUAACUCACUGCUACGCUACAAACUGGGGGAAGAUUUUUGCAUCUAUCCCUUUUUGAGUGGCUUACAGUUUAGCAGCUUGGAGGGGGGAGGAGGAGCCCCUUCUGUUGAGAGGGGGUGCCGGGCAUCUUCCUCACAGUGGAGCGGCCCGCCCAACGUGGCCUGCCAAGAAGGCGGCCCCAAUCGAGGAGACAAACAGUGUAGUCAACUGCCCUGCGAGCAGGGCACCCACCGGAGGAUUAGCCACCUCACCAAUUUCGAAGACUCCAAUGAGGAAGAUGUAGUCCUUCUGAAGAACCCAUUGUUUGUGAAGGCGAGCGGCGUGUGCAUCAACGGGGAGGUGGUAGACCCGAGGGGCGACGCCAGCAAGGGGCUGCACUGCUACCACGAGCUGUACGAUUUGUCCGCCGUCAGUGGGAAUAACGCCCAGGCGUCGGAGCGGGAGGAUGCCAUUGUUGAGAAGUGGUACACAGGUGAGAGGGCCCCUUACGCGGAUGCUAGCCAGGGAAGGAACAGCUCCCGUGGGGGCAGCUCUGAAGGGGUCGUACCGAACACACGCAGAAUGGCCCACCCGGGGGAAUGCUCCCAAAGGGAUCACUACAUUGCGGCAGUGGAUGACAUCCCAAAUGAUGAGCACCUGGAGGAGGUGGCGGACCGCGUUCGAAUCAUGCGGUUUAGGUCUCUCACCCAGGGUGGGUCAAAAGGGAACGACCAUCGAAGUGUGCACGUCGGUAGCGUUUGCAAAGGGUAUUCGGCCGAGCACGCUGGGGGGGAGGUACCCCAGGGGGGUUGCCCCAGUGCGGAGGGCAUAACAGACGUGCUGCUUACGGCAGACAUACCGCUUACAGCAGACGUACCGCAUGCGGAAGACGUGCCACUUACGGAAGACUGUGCAUCUCGGGGGAAGGGGUGCCAAGAGCACACCUCGCCCAUCGGAGCAGAACUCUGCAAAAACGAAAUGAGCUGCACCAUGAGCCGCAGCGACGACGAUAACAAAACGAGCAACGUGAUGAGCGACCACCCAAACGGAGCGCAGGACAAGAGCGACGGCAGCGGCAGUUACAAAGUGCACCCAAAUGGGGAGAUGAACCAGAGCGAUUAUUUUAACUACGCCGUUUUGGAGAGCUUCCAUCAGGUUAGGGUCGACGCUUUGGGGUCCAUUUCGCACGGAGUUGCACAGAACGACGGCAGUUGCAAGCACGUCCUGGGUGGGGAGUUGAAUUCGUCAAGUGAGAUGACCAAGGGGAGUGACGAGGCCAACUCGGUUCCCAGUUUGGGGGCCAGCUUGGAGGACAUAUCCGAGGCGAGCUCCCCGUUCGCGGCAAACUGCCCAGCGGAGGCAAACUUCCCAAUCGCGGCAAACUCCCCAUCGGAGGCAAACUCCCCAUUCGCGGCAAACUCCCCAUCGGAGGCAAACUCCCCAUUCGCGGCAAACCCCACCGAAGACGAAAUGACCAAGUGGGGGGGGAUGCCCUUCCAAGCGAACGACCCCCACAAGGGGGAAGGCCAAACGCAGGCACCGAUGGUGAACCCCCCGGGGGGUGCAGUCCAUAUGGAGAGAACAACCUUUGCAUCCUGCAAGAGGGGUAGCAGCCCGUCUCGAAGUAACCACGUGCAGCCCCCCUAUAUGCACAACGGGUCAGCGCUAACAGAGGAGGGAGCAAAAUGCGAAAGCUCAUCGCUGCAGACGAAGAUGGUAAUCCUUGAUGGGAAGAACAUCGGCACGAGGUACCAAGACAAUUAUAAAAAAUAUUUUGAUCCCUUUCGCAUAAAAGUGGUGCUUAACUACUACAGGUUUAAGCGGUAUGAUGUGAAGGUGGUCAUUCCACAAGAGUACGUAAGGCACGAGGGGGAUGCUCCAUCUGGGAAGACCGCCAACAGGGGUUACUACCACCUGCAGGUGCAUAGCAGUAAUGAAGGCGCUGACUUUAUCCUCUCGGGGGAUGACUUGCUGUUCUUUCAGCACCUUCACAUUUUGGGAUGUUUAAUUAUUCACCCCCUGGAAAGCUACUACGCCUUUUGCGUCAACCUGGUGCAGAGGUGGAACUCCUGCUUCGUGACGAACGUGACUCUCUCCGAGCUGAACAUGCAGGUGGGCGCCUUCGAGCAGCCCCCCCUCAAGGGCGUCGCGGCCCACUUCAUUUCGUACACCUUCCUGGGCGACGAGUUCCUCCCCAACCCGACCUUUCGCUGGCCCUCCCACUAUCGCCGGGCCCUACUGAAGCACACGGUGAACGAGUGA